GGUCAGGCAGACAUGAGAGGCACACGUAAGGGGUAAUGAGCUGUAGAGGUGAGCAAAUCCAUCAGGAAAGUGAAGAGUGGAAAGCAUCAUGGUGGGAAUCUCAGAGUUUCAGAAGAUCGGUGUGGGUUUGUCAGGCUUCGGCAUUUUCUUCCUGCUGUUUGGAGUGUUGCUGUACUUUGACUCUGUCUUGCUGGCAUUCGGUAACAUCUUGUUCCUGACUGGUCUGGCCUUCAUCAUUGGCCUGAAAAGAACAGCGCACUUCUUCUUCCAGAGACAAAAGCUCAGAGCCUCCUCUUUUUUCCUGGGCGGUGUGGCUUUAGUGGUGCUCCGAUGGCCACGCAUAGGCAUUCUCGUGGAGAGUUAUGGCUUCGUGCUUCUGUUUAAGUCAUUCUUCCCAAUGGCUUUUGGAUUUCUUGGAACAUUAUUGAAUAUGCCAAUCCUCACUACACUAUUUAAUUACUCAGGAAGCAGCUCCUCUAUGGUGUAAGAGUUCUGGCACAGCUGACGGCAAAGUGCAGCAUAUGAACACCGAAGUACAAGCGCAGAUCCAAAGCUGUGGUGUGUGUGUGUGUGUGUGUGUGGCGGCUUUUGAGGGAACAACAAACUAAAAAAAAAACAUGUCCAUGAAGCACACCAUGAACUCACUGCACAGUCAAGUGUGAAAUGGAUGUUUUGUGUGUGUUUGUGUGUGUGUGUAUGGAAUGUAUCCUAUUUUAAGAAUAUGUUCAUUUGUGUAUUAUUUUGAAUAAAGCCAGUGUUAUUUUUAAACCCUGCUCGUUU